AUGCAGCUACGGUCAUUGACAAGGCACAGAAACGGGCGAGUCAGCAUGAUGACAACAAUGUCGUUGGUUCUACUGUUGGCGCUGUUGCUUGUAGACACAGCAGAGUCGGCUCGCAAGCUGCCUAAGCGGCCGGCAAAACCGUUGAAGACAUUUCCGCGCAACAAUGCGACGCCGACAAUUGCAGCGACCGAAGCAGCAGCAGCAGCGGGCGCACAGCCUGCGAGCGGAAGCGAGCUACCAAAACCGUUGACACCACAUGCGAGCGAACAACAGCCGGCGGAAGCUGCUGUAGCGGAACCUGCAGCAACACCUGUCAAUGGCGAGAGCAAAAUCGAUGAUCUUAGCGCGACGACUGCGCCACUAGGCAGCCAGAUCGAUGAAGACUGCGAGCCGGAUAUGAUUGGCUUUGAGCUUAUAACUGGGUACGUGCUAUCGGCGCCAUCGAAGCAAUUGGAGACGCUGCCUGGCACACUGAUGUUGACCGACUGCUUGGAGGCCUGCCAGGCUAAUGAAUCUUGCAGCGCUGUUAACUACGAGACGGGGCUUUGCGUCAUGUUCCGCAGCACCGCCGAUCAGUUGCCAGGUUCACUUUCCCGAUCGCAAUAUCCCGUUUUCACGGUCUACGCACAGAAAUCCUGCUUUGGUGUGCGUCCCUGUUCAAAGGCCUGGUGCAUCGAUCGUGUGCAGGGCUACCGUCUGCCGGAGCAUGCCAAGUCUAGCCAAAGCGUGGCCACGCGACGUGACUGCAUCGAGCUCUGCCUGGGCGAAACGGAGUUCACCUGCCGCUCGGCCAACUUUUAUGCGCACUCUGGCCUAUGUGAACUGUCGGACAUGGAUCGCAUUACGCUGUCGGAGGAGGCCAACGUUGUGGCCUAUGAUGGCGCCGAAUAUCUCGAAAAUAACUGCGCCGAGGAGCCCAGCAAGCUGUGCGAGUUUAAGCGCAUCGCGGGACGCAUUUUAAAGACUGUGGAUUCGGUGCACCAAAAUGUGCAGAGCAUUGACGAUUGCCGUGACCUGUGCCUGAGCGCUCCCUUCCGCUGCCACUCCUACGACUAUAAUGAAACGGGCGAGCAUGUCUGUCGUCUAUCUCACCACAGUCGUGCUACUCUUAGCGAUCUAUCGGAGCCCUAUCUGAACAUCGAAGAGGCGGCCACCUAUGAGCAGUCCGCCUGCUACAAUGUCUCCAUUGAUUGUCGUUCGGGUGAGAUGAUCACCAAGAUUCGCACCUCCAAGCUGUUCGAUGGCAAGGUCUAUGCCAAGGGAGCACCCAAAUCCUGCGCUGUAAAUGUCAACAGUUCGCUGGAGUUCGAUCUGCGCAUGCGCUACAACGAUCUCGAGUGCAAUGUGCGCCAGAGCGCCUAUGGUCGAUAUAUGAACGAUAUUGUUAUUCAGCACCACGAUAUGAUUGUCACCUCCUCGGAUCUGGGUUUGGCCGUUAGCUGUCAGUAUGAUUUGACCAAUAAGACGGUUGUGAACAAUGUUGAUCUGGGCGUCACUGGCGAGAUUGAAUCUACUCUCAGCGAGGAAAUUAUUGUGGACUCACCGAAUGUUAUAAUGAAGAUCACUGCACGUGAUGGCAGCGAUAUGAAGCGCAUUGCUGAGGUUGGCGAUCCGCUGGCGCUGCGAUUCGAGAUCGUUGAUGCCAACAGUCCAUAUGAGAUAUUUGUGCGCGAACUGGUUGCGAUGGAUGGUACAGACAGCGCCGAGAUUACGCUGAUCGAUGCCAACGGCUGUCCCACGGAUCAAUAUAUUAUGAGCGCUAUGCAAAAGAUGGCCAGCAAUCGCAAGGUGCUGCUCUCACAGUUCGACGCCUUCAAGUUCCCCUCCUCGGAGCUGGUGCAAUUCCGCGCCUUGGUCACGCCCUGCAUACCGCGCUGCGAACCGGUUAUCUGCGACAACGAUGAGAACGGCGAGCUGAAGUCUCUGCUGUCCUAUGGACGUCGCAAGCGUUCCGUCUACAAUGGCACCGAUGGCGUUGAACUGGCGAUUAAGUCGGAACGCCAAAAACGUGAUGUGAGUCAUCAGCAGGCAACCGAUGAGAACAUUUUGCUUGUGCAGUCCAUUCAAAUCACCGAUAAGUUUGCCUUCAAUGGUGCCGAUGCGAGCAACGGCGAGCCGAGCGUUGGCCUGGGCAAGCUGCAAUUGGAAUUGGCCAACAAAACGGACACUUGCAUAAAUGGCUAUGGCUUCAUAAUUGCCGGGGCACUCUUUUUGCUGCUGCAGCUGACGGUUAUUGCCGUUUGGGACAACAUGCAAAAGCGCGCGUUACACAAGCGAUAA